CUCGACGCGAUUGUGGUUGCUGCUCGCUCAUGUCUGAAAGAGCCAAUUAAGGUUAUCGCCAUGGGCAAGGCCAAUUAUACCGGAGAUAGCUUUUUGUUGUCUCAGACCCAUUUGCCUCAACUUCAAAGACAUUAUGCCGUAUAACAUUGCUAUGGUCAGUGACUUCUUUUUCCCCCAAUCGGGGGGAAUUGAAAGUCACAUCUACCAAUUGUCAUCCAAACUCAUAGACCGCGGACAUAAAGUCAUCAUCAUCACACAUGCAUACAAAGGUCGAACAGGCGUCCGCUACCUCACCAACGGCUUGAAAAUCUACCACGUCCCCUUCUUCGUCAUCUACCGCGAAACCACAUUCCCUACCGUCUUCUCGUUCUUUCCCAUAUUCCGCAACAUUGUGAUCCGUGAACAAAUUGAGAUUGUUCACGGUCAUGCCAGUCUCAGUAGCUUCUGUGGAGAAGCCAUUCUCCAUGCGCGAACAAUGGGCCUGCGGACCGUCUUUACGGACCACUCUCUUUUCGGAUUCGCCGAUGCUGCCUCCAUUUUGACCAACAAGCUGCUCAAGUUUACAUUGAGUGACGUGGACCAUGCGAUUUGUGUCAGCCAUACUUGUAAGGAGAACACUGUCCUUCGAGCCUCAUUAGACCCCUUGAUGGUAUCAGUCAUUCCAAAUGCCGUCGUCGCGGAGAAUUUCCGCCCGCUCCCAUACAACUCUCGUGCGCUGGAUCAGAUUCCCACAUCCCCUUCUGACCAACGACCACCCCCUACAUCAAUCGGUCCUGAUGAUACGAUCACGAUCGUGGUAAUUUCCCGCCUCUUUUACAACAAGGGCACUGAUCUCCUAAUUGCCGCCAUUCCACGGAUUCUUGCUUUGAAUCCAAAGACUCGCUUCAUCAUCGCUGGGUCUGGACCCAAGGCCAUCGACCUUGAACAGAUGUUAGAACGCAAUGUGCUUCAAGACAAGGUUGAGAUGCUUGGCUCGGUUCGACACGAAGAGGUGCGAGAUGUCAUGGUACGAGGUCACAUCUACCUACAUCCUAGUUUGACGGAAGCGUUUGGUACUGUCAUCGUUGAAGCCGCCAGUUGCGGUUUGUAUGUUGUCUGUACCCGAGUCGGUGGUAUUCCUGAAGUGUUGCCACAGCAUAUGACGACAUUUGCGAAGCCAGAAGAAGACGACCUCGUCGUUGCAACUAGCAAGGCAAUUGCUGCCUUGCGCUCGAAUAAAGUCCGAACGGACCGUUUCCACGACCAAGUGAAAAUGAUGUACUCUUGGCGGGAUGUGGCCGAACGUACCGAAAGAGUCUACCAAGGCAUCACGGGUGAUAUCAGCCCCGAGGAAUUCUACGGCUAUUAUCCAGGUCAAGGUUGGGAGGCUAGUGGAGAUCGUGUACGCAGUUUCGCGCUCAUCGACCGUCUGAAACGGUACUACGGCUGUGGUGUUUGGGCUGGCAAGCUCUUUUGUCUCUGCGUUGUCAUUGACUUCUUGAUCUAUGUCUUCCUCGAAAUGUGGUUCCCCAGAGCAAAUAUCGAUAUUGCUCGAAGCUGGCCGAAGAAGCCGCCAGCAGGGAAAACCCGGACUUCCACCGCCGCUCGCAACAGCCAGUGAAUCCUUGAACCUUGAAGUUGAAUUUCUCGGACGUUUGAUCUCUCUUCGAAGUGGAGAUACGACUUGUACAUAUUUUUCCACAAUUUCGUGCCAUGUAACAUCAUCAGUUUAAUUCGAGCCCAAGUAUGCGCUCCGGAAUAUGGCGCGUUGAUAAAUCCGUCCUCCAUCAUAAUUCCCCCAAUCUAUUCAUUCAUCGCUUGGUACUAGGCUCAGACUUCCACUCGGCAUCCAGAGUCUCAGCAGGCUCUGGCCGCAUGUCCGCCGCAGAGCGAUCUGCCUUGUCACCCCG